AUGCCUGAUCAUUUGAAUUAUCCUGAUCAAGACGUAAACUCGCAAAUCCGGUCUCAGCCAACAGAGCGAAAUCGCGGUGUGAUUGCGCGAAUGCAGAUAUUCCCAGAUAUCACACGAGUACCAGGCUGUAAAGAGCAUUGGAUCUUCACCAGAUCCAGCGAGAAAUGCGGCAAGUUGUGGGUCUAG